AGAGACGAUGGCAGCAGAGCAUGAGACACCCGUAUCUUUGUAUUUCAAAAUGACUUCUGCGGUCCUUUUGAGAAAUGAACUGAAAAUAGAAUAUGGGAAAGAUUACGAAGAAACGAAAAAUCGUCUGUUUGCGAUUCUAGGAUGGCUGGGCCGGGCGAACCUCGGAAAUCCGUUUGUGGCAUCGUGUGAUCUCGCCUCGUAUCUCAAGUUCUCCGUUUCAAAAUAUGUGAUACAUUAUGGUCCGAGCAUUUUCAUCAACUACAGCCGCUUUCCAUACAAAGCGGACACUGUCAAUGAAUGGUUUAAUCUUCCUCCUGAAGACGAUUGGCCAGAGCGAGGUGAGGCAGUAAAAAUAAUAAAUGUUGAUAAAUGUGGACUCGCGCGGAAGUGUUACAGGACACAAAAUCAAGUCGAAAAUGCUUUUCCAGAUUCGCUAGAAGAUGACGAAUUCGAAGUUUUCUUCCACGGUACAUCUCACGAAAGCGCUGAAGAUAUAAUUGAAGGUGGGAUUGACUUGGGGAAAGGUGCAAGAAAGCGAGACUUCAGCGAUGGAGAUGGUUUUUAUCUGAACAAAAAUUUUGAUGAUGCUUUGAGGUGGGCUGAACAUAGAAGCAAGAGUUCUGCAGUGCUCGUAUUUCGACUAAAGAAGACUGAAUUAAGAGGCGAUGAUAACGAGAAAGGCUAUGAUCUUCGAGAGCCAGAUAUGAAGAAAGAAUGGCAAAAAGUGAUUAAGACCUUUAGGAAUGGAACGUUAAAUUCAAAGUACCGCAAAGAAAUGAAUCACUUGUACCAGUUUAUCGAGGGACCGAUGGCUUCGAUCUCAGAAAAGAAUUCAUCGAGUGUUUCGCAUCCCCGUCAGAAAGAUGAUUCUUAUCAGCUGUGCGUUCGAACGCAAAACUGCGUCGAACUCUUUGACCGUGGCCUUCAUUCUGUAGUCUUUUCCGAAAAGUAGAUAUACAUUGUUGAGUACUCACUCUAAGUGAACCAAACAAUGAAUGAUUCUUGAAAUGUCGAAACUUGAAACAGCUAGGGUGUUACGAACUUUUACUCAUGGAAUUUUUAUUCUGUAUUCAUGUGCCAAUUAAACUAAAUUUUUUAAUAGCAAUGGUGUCCAUAAUAGUUUCUUCCUAUAACCUGAUAUUAGAUUUAUCAUUUAUCCUCGGCGAACCAUUAGCAGGUAAUCGCGGGGAAAGAAAAUGGCGGUUGGAGCCGUUAAGGGCGAACACUCACCGCUCGGUUUGGUCCGCUUUUAGGUCUAGGCAUGCAGGCAUGCAUAUCAUGAAGAUCAACAUAUUGUAACAGUUUGGUUUCUGUCGAAGGCCCCAAAUUGUAUCGCGUAGCUGUUGGCUGAAUUCAGCGAGGAAAACGAACUUAAAUCUUCAAGAGAAACAUUCCCACCAUAACAAGCUUUUGUGCCAUAUUGUUAAACGCUGUGACAUGUGGCAAUAGGGACCAGUUUAUAAUAGACGAGUUUUGCUCGAAACAUAGGGAUCCGCAAACGGGCAAUGAUUUUCGUUGAAAAAGCAGACAGUUUAUCAAUUGGAUGUUCAGUAGGGAAGAACGAAUGGACCUUAAGUUUUGACUGAUUUUCUUCAUCAUGCAUCAGUCCGUGAGAGACACAUGAAAAUUUCGGGGAUUAAUAAAAGACCAACGGCUAGUGCGGCAAUACUUCAUGGUGCCAAUUUCAAGAGAGAUCGUAGUCGUGUAAACUCAAAUAUUUUAU